CGUCUAUAACUGCACUCCCACCUCCGAGGUACACGGGCAAUCCGAUCUCAAAGCGAGGUAGUGUCGGCUGCCAGUGCAGCUAGGCGCCAUGGAACACGCCGCUCUUGCACGGGUCACUCAUCGCCAACCGGCGGCACACGGGCAGGCGAGGGCCGCCGCCGCCAGGACAUGGCCACGGCUGCAGACGGCGUUCCGGCACCUGAGCUCAUGGCGGCUGCUGAGCAGCGCCCCGGAGACGACGACGGCCGUCUAUGGCGGCGGCGCAAAGGCAAGGCCGCCACAGGAUCAUCAGCCGGCGGCGGCGCGGCGCGUGACGCUGGCGACGCUGCGCGGGAAGCACCGUCGCGGGGAGCCCAUCAGCAUGGUGACCGCGUACGACUACUCGUCGGCGGUCCACGUGGACUCCGCGGGCGUGGACCUCAUCCUCGUGGGCGACUCUGCCGCGAUGGUCGCGCACGGCCACGACAACACCCUCCCCAUCUCCCUCGACCUCAUGCUCCAACACUGCCGCGCCGUCGUCCGCGGCGCGCCGAGGCCGCUCGUCGUCGGCGACCUCCCGUUCGGGUCCUACGAGUCCUCACCCGCACAGGCCGUGGAAUCGGCGGUGAGGCUGAUGAAAGAAGGCGGAGUGGACGCGGUGAAGAUGGAAGGAGGCACGGCGUCGAGGGUGAGCGCGGCGAAGGCGAUCGUGGACGCCGGCAUAGCCGUGAUGGGGCACGUCGGCCUCACUCCGCAGGCCAUCAGCGUGCUCGGCGGCUUCCGGGCGCAGGGGAAGACGGUCGACGGCGCUCUCAAGGUCGUGGAGGCGGCGCUCGCGCUGCAGGACGCUGGCUGCUUCGCGGUCGUCCUUGAGUGCGUGCCCGCUCCGGUGGCAGCCGCCGCCACGGCGGCGCUGCAGAUCCCAACCAUCGGCAUCGGAGCUGGGCCCUUGUGCAGUGGCCAGGUUCUAGUGUACCAUGACUUGCUAGGGAUGUUCCAGAGCCCAGACCACUCGAAGGUGACGCCCAAGUUCUGCAAGCAGUUUGGGGACGUCGGCGCCGUCAUCGGCAAGGCGCUCGCGGAGUACAGGGAGCAGGUGGAGGCUCGGGCUUUCCCGGACGCUGAGCACACGCCCUACAAGAUAUCAUCCGCGGACGUCGAUGUCUUCGCGGACGCGCUGCGAAACAUCGGCUUCGAUGGAGCUGCAGCAGCUGCCGCCGCCGCUGCCGGAAAAAAGGAGAAAAUAGUAGGCAAUGGAAAGCCACAGGAUGGGGAUAACAUCAAUAAUGGCAUCUUGAGCGGUAGCGCAGGUGCUGCAGUUUAAUGGCGGGGCAUGUGUGCUCCCGUAGUUCUUAAAUAAAUUAAUUAAUUCUUAUUCCUAAAGCGCAGGGCACAGUCCUGUGUGCGGACAGGGUAUGGAACUUUUUUUUGUUAUUUACGUGAGAGGUCUCCUUAAGCAUAAAGUUUCGGGGCUGUCUAGCCGUCCGAGGAUCCAAGGUUUUUGAAUUUAUGAAAAUAGGAUUAAGAAUUACUCCUAUAUGGCACUAAAUUUGUAUCGUUUGAUACAUCAUAAAAUAUAUUUGAUUAUAAUA